CCAACACCACAUUCUGGAAGUCUCACUCUUCUUGUCUUUUACCAAAAUUAGUGCUCUCUUCUUUAUCUAUCUCCAUGUCCUCUAUUAUGUAUACGUACAGCAAACUCGUGAAAUCGAAGCUUGAAUCAUGAUACUAAAGAUGCAAUCAAAGUUCUCAGCAACCCAUUUCAGAACACCACCAAUUUUACCAUAUUCGUUAAUCCCAUAUAAUUUAUGCAAGAAGGUUGGGUUUAGUGAUAGAAAUUCGUCUUCUUCAGUCUACAGGUUUCGGUUCAAGCUCGUGGGUCAGUCGUCCGGUGAUAAUAGAUGGAAAUUCAUUGAUUUUGAUGCCAAUGCAGUUCAGGAAACCUUAGGCCUAUGGGUAUCAAAGACCCAAGGCUUUUUUAGCGACGUUACAUCUCCACUGGUAAAAACUGUUCAUGAUAGGAAGCCUAAUCUUGGAGAUGCUUUUGAUACUCAAGAUAUGGAAGACAACUUUAUGGCUGAGCAAACUAUUGAUAGCAGAACUCCAAAUGGACAUCUUUCUUCAGAUGCUGUUGUUUCGAUAGAGCAAUUCAGCAGGAUGAAUGGAUUGACUGGGCAGAAAAUGCAGAAGAUAUUUAAAGCACUUGUUCCUGAAUUUGUGUAUAAUGAUGCCCGUAAUUUGGUGGAGUAUUGCUGCUUCAGGUUCUUGUCGAGAGAUAGUUCUGAAAUUCAUCCUUGCCUCAAGGAACCUGCAUUCCAGAGACUGAUUUUCAUAACUAUGCUUGCAUGGGAGAAGCCUUACAGCACAGGAAAGGAUUAUCGAGCUAAUGCUUCGGAGAAAGCUUCUUUCAAGAGGAGGCUUGUUGGAGAGGAGGCUUUUGUUCGCAUUGCUCCUGCUGUUUCUGGCGUGGCUGAUUGGUCAACAGCACAUAACCUUUUCAAGGCUAUUGCUGGUGAUGAACAAGGCAUCUCAUUUAACUUGUGGUCCACAUAUAUUGCCGAACUUCUCAAAGUGCAUGAAGGACGGAAAUCCUACCAAUUUCAAGAAUGCUCCCAAAUCUCUGGUGAGAGAAUCUUAUGCCUUGGUUCUAGCAGGAAGCGGCCUGUUCUAAAAUGGGAGAAGAACAUGGCAUGGCCAGGAAAACUUACUUUGACAGAUAAAGCACUCUACUUUGAGGCAGUUGACUUGGCAAGGCAAAGAAAUGCUGUUAGACUGGAUCUAACAAGAAAUGGUUCACGGGUAGAGAAAACCAGGGUUGGACCUUUGGGAACUGAUAUUUUUGACUCUGCUGUCUCUGUUUCCUCUGGUUUGGAGUCUGAAACAUGGGUACUUGAACUUAUUGAUUUGGGAGGUGAAAUGAGACGAGAUGUGUGGCAUGCAUUUAUUAGUGAAGUAAUUGCUUUACACAAUUUCAUACGAGAGUAUGGACCCAAGGAUGGUGAUCAGUCAGUAUAUCAUGUGUAUGGUGCUCACAAAGGGAAGGCAAGGGCUAUCACUCAUGCUAUUAAUGGUAUUGCAAGACUUCAGGCGCUUCAGUUUAUGCGGAAGCUCUUGGAUGAUCCCACUAAACUUGUUCAACUUUCAUAUUUACAAAAUGCACCCUAUGGUGAUGUUGUUUACCAAACUCUGGCCGUAAAUUGUUGGGGUGGACCGCUAGUUACAAAAAUUACAGAGGGAGGGUAUCAACCGGGUCAAGAAGUGAGGCCAUCUGAUGAGGUAUCAGAAAGUAGUAAUCAUGUGUUUGACAUGGAUGGAAGUGUAUACUUGAGGAAGUGGAUGAGAUCUCCAUCAUGGGCAUCUAGUGCUUCAGUUGAUUUCUGGAAGAACUCUUCAGUAAGACAAGGCUUAGUUUUGAGUAAAAAUCUUGUAGUGGCUGAUAUGACUUUGGUGGAAAAGGCAGCAAUUGCUUGCAGAGAGAAAUGCCGGGUUGUUGAAAAAACACAAGCCACUAUAGACGCGGCAAUGCUGGAAGGGAUACCCAGUAACAUAGACCUUUUCAAGGAACUUGUGCUUCCUUUAACUGUCACUGCCAGAAGUUUUGAAAAACUCAGGCACUGGGAGGAGCCACACUUAACCGCCUCUUUUCUUGUACUCGCAUAUGUGGUAAUUUUCAGAAACUUGCUGCCAUAUAUAUUUCCGACGAUGUUGAUGAUUUUAGCAGCUGGGAUGCUAUUACUGAAGGGACUCAAGGAACAGGGCCGCCUAGGAAGAUUUUUUGGACAAGUAACUAUACGUGAUCAGCCACCAUCAAAUACGAUUCAGAAGAUUGUAGCUCUAAAAAUGGCCAUGCGAGACAUGGAAAUGUAUAUCCAGAAUCUGAAUGUUUCACUUCUGAAAAUACGAACAAUUUUUCUUGCUGGACAACCUCAGAUAACGAUGGAGGUUGCUCUGGUCCUCUUACUAAGUUCAGCCAUUCUCCUUGUUGUCCCUUUCAAAUACAUUCUUGCUUUUCUUCUCUUUGAUUUCUUCACGCGGGAGCUCAAGUUUCGGAGGCAGAUGGUUGUGAAAUUCAUGAGCCUUAUGAAGGAGCGUUGGGACACUGUGCCUGCAGCCCCUGUGGUUGUAUUACCAUUUGAGGGUGACGAGACCGGAGCAUUGAGUCAAAGAAAGCGUAUUGAUGACGGAUCAAAUUCAGAAAGAACUCGGAGCAGUACAGGGAAAGCAUCUGAACAUCAAAUUCUGUGAUUAACUCUGGUGCUGGCUUUUGAUGCUUUAGGGGAAAUACAUACACAUUUUAUGUAAUAAUGAAUGUAACCAUAAUUCACUCAGGAGUUGGAGCUAUUCACUCACUCAGCUAGUGUGCUAAUUAUUGAAGUCAGUCUAAUAUUCAUCUUUCUUUAUAGAAUAUCAUAUAAUUUUAGUUAAUUUUUUAUAUUAAUAUUUUUUUCAUAAAAUAUACAUCUUUUUUGAGAUAAAA